AUGUAUAUCAUUAGAAGCUCAGGAACAUCUGGUGGUGAGAGAAAGAUGAUGCCAGCAAUUGAAGAAGAUUUUGGAAGAAGAUAUUUGAUAUUUAGACUAUUAAUGCCAAUAAUGAAUCAAUUUGUUCCUGACCUAGAUAAAGGAAAAGGAAUGUACCUAAUGUUUACAAGAAAUGAAUCUAAAACACCAGGAGGCAUUAAAACUAGUGCAGCCCUCACAAGAUUUUACAAAAGUUCUCAUUUUUUAAACAGAUCUUACAAUCCAUUCACAAGUCCAAAUGAAACUGUUCUCUGUCUUGACUCAUACCAAAGUAUGUAUUCACAACUUCUAUGUGGUCUUUGUCAAAACAACGAGGUCCUUCGUGUCGGUGCUGUUUUCGCUACAAGUCUCAUUCACGCUGUUCGGUUCCUCGAGAAAAAUUGGUCACUUCUCUGCGAUGAUAUAAGAACAGGAACAAUUAAUCCUCUCAUCACUGACAUUUCAGUGAGAGAGGCUGUUAUGAAAAUUCUUAAAUCUGACAAAAAUCUUGCUGAUUUUAUUCAGAGUGAGUGUAGCAAGGGUUCUUGGCAAGGUAUUAUUACUAGGUUGUGGCCUAAUACUAAGUAUGUUGAUGUUACUGUGACAGGAUCAAUGUCACAGUAUAUUCCUACUUUGGAUUACUAUUGUAAUGGUCUUCCACUUGUAUCUAACAUUUAUGCUGCUAGUGAAGGUUUCUUCGGUGUUAACCUUAAUCCUCUUUGUAAACCAUGUCAUGUGUCUUAUACCCUUAUCCCUACCAUGUGCUACUAUGAGUUCUUACCUGUUAAUAGAAGUAAUGAUCCUGUGAAUGAGAAAGAACAACAAGAGUUGGUGGAUCUUGUUGAUGUCAAGCUUGAUCAAGAAUAUGAGCUUGUUGUUACCACUUAUUGUAACAAUGGAGGCCAAACUCAAAAAGUGGUUCUCACCGACUAA